AACACAUAGGUAUACAAGCGAUUUGGAGUGUGAAGAUACUUAACUGAUAUCAAUAUUAGGUCAUUCCAAUGCGUACAUAACAGGCUGGCAUCCUCUAAUGGAGUCAACGGGAAUAUCCGAGGACAACUUGUCAUUUAUGAGCAACCGUAUUUACGCUUACAAAAAAUAUAGCUACGUGCGGAUGUUUUAGAGCAAGCAGAGACAUUUUUGAUAUCCAACAAGUGUUCGUUAGGUGUUGGCCUACAAGUUUAAGACCUAGCAUAACAGGACCUGCUCUCGUGCCAACUCCAAAUUUUCUGACCGUAUUCGUCCAAACAGCAAGGAAAUGUCAUUAAACAAUGAGUAUACCUUUCCCUCCCCAUCCAAUGAAAAAGCAGAUGAGUCGAUGUCAGAUGUUUACGACAAACUACCGGAUGUGGCAGAGGACGCGGAAAAUCUUGACAGAGCUCAGUGGGGGAGACAACUCGAGUUCAUACUUUCCUGUGUUGGAUUCGCUGUUGGUCUAGGAAAUGUUUGGCGAUUUCCUUUCAAAUGUUACAAGAAUGGCGGAGGAGCAUUUUUGAUCCCUUACAUCAUUAUGCUGAUUUUCGUUGGUAUCCCGAUAUUUUUCCUGGAGUUGGCAUUUGGGCAGUUUGCCAGCUCUGGGCCAAUCACAGUAUGGAAGAUGAACCCUCUACUUAAAGGUGUUGGAUAUUGCUCGGUGGCAAUUUCGGCUGUCAUUACUAUGUACUACAAUGUCGUGAUUGCUUACUGUAUAUUCUACUUCUUCGCUUCGAUGGCCAGUGAAGUGCCCUGGAAUUCCUGUGACAAUGACUGGAAUUCCUGCCUCUGCGAAACCCCGGGUAUUGGUCCCAACGUGUCCUGGGUAAAUUUCACCCGUAUGGAGUGUCGCGAACUGUACGCAAAUGGAACGUUGACGAUAACCAACCAAACGGAGUCGCCAAGUCGAGAAUACUGGAAUCUUAACGUAUUACAAAAGAGUAGCGGAUUAGAAGAACCCGGGGACCUGGUUUGGACGUUGACAUUGUGUUUGUUGCUUGCUUGGAUCAUUGUGUUCGCUGUUCUUUUUAAGGGAAUUAAAUCUCUUGGAAAGGUGGUAUAUUUUGCAGCCAUUUUCCCAUAUGUGCUGUUGACGGCCAUGUUGAUUCGAGGUGUGACGCUAGAUGGCUCUUAUGAAGGCAUUAUGUUUUACCUCAGACCAGAUUGGGAAAGAUUAAAGGAUGCCACCGUAUGGAGCGACGCAGCCACUCAGAUAUUUUUCUCACUAAGCGCCUGUGGUGGCGGACUGAUUGCCAUGGCCAGCUACAACAAGUUCAGCAACAACUGUAUGCGGGACGCCUUCAUUGUACCAGUAAUCAACUGCCUCACGAGUUUCUACGCUGGGUUCGUGAUAUUUUCUGUCUUGGGCUUUAUGGCCAAAAACAAAGGCGUGACAGUCGACAAAGUUGCCGAUGGAGGUCCUGGUUUAGUUUUCGUGGUUUACCCAGAAGGGAUCUCUCAGAUGUCAGUCUCUCCUCUGUGGGCAAUCCUCUUCUUCCUAAUGAUGAUCACGCUGGGGUUCAGCUCCCAGUUUUCUCUCAUGGAGACUGUCAUAACUGGUGUCGUGGAUGAAUACCCUAUCCUGAGGACGAAAUGGCGGUCUCUGAGCUUCCGGGUGGUCAUGUGCUUUGUGUUUUUUAUCCUAGGAAUACCAAUGACAUUGCAGUGCGGAACAUAUCUUCAGAACCUGGUUGAUAACUACAUCGGUGGUUUCCCACUUCUCUUCGUCGGUCUGUUUGAACUGGCAGCUCUCAACUGGAUAUAUGGAUAUAAUCGCUUUGCCAAAGACAUAGAAUUGAUGUUGGGCCGAAAACCGUACAUCUACUUCCGGAUCACGUGGUGUGUGAUCUCUCCGCUGUUACUUCUGGCCACCAUUGUUUUCUACGGCGUACAGACAAAGCCUUUGACCAUGAACGAUUACGUGUAUCCUGAUUGGGGAAUUUCCGUCGGCUGGUUGAUAAUGGCCUUCCCAUUGGCUUUCAUCCCUGGAUGGGCAAUCUACUACGUGUCAAAGGUCACUGGUUUUCAUGAGUUCUUAUGGAGAGUAACGAGGCCAAUCCCUGGAUGGGGACCACUUCUGAAAACUAAUCAGAAAGGGCUUUACAAAACGCCUUUGAGCGACUUUAUGAAGAAAAACAUCGGAAGUGUCUACGUGAACGCGUUACCACGUGAUUCUAAUAAGAACUUUCUUCUUGAAGAGGAAACCCCGGAGAAAACGGAUAUUGGAGCAGGGGGAACAUACGUCUACAAUAAUUCCGCCUUCAGUAACUACUAGAUCCCGCCUACAUAUCAGCAUAAUAGACCAGCAGAGGUUUCACUAUAGUGUUGAUACGUAUGUAGAUAUUGGUUUCACAAUAUUUGUCAUUAAACAAUGUGACACAAAACGCUCUUCACAUGAUAGUUUUUUUAGCAAGUUUACAAGCUUUCGGAAGUAACCCUAUUCAUCUUCAGGUAAGUCGUAUGUGUACCAUAAGUGUAGUACAUGGUAUGCAGGACUACAUAGUAUGGGAAUAUACAUACGUAAAGGAUCCCUUGCAAGUAGACAGAAAAUUGGUACAGCGGUAAGGUGUAAUUUUUUCCAUGCAGAAAAAGAAGUAAAACUUACUUGAAUAUAAAUUACAAUCACUGAAACAAAUGUGUGUGAAAAACUGGAGUGAUACGAUUUAUAAUUUUUGUUUUAUUAAAAAGGCAAAAGUAGGGUCAAAAGCAGGUUUUGCUGUUUUAAGGCUUUUUCUUGAGUGUAUUCCCUUCACAAUAAAAAAAUGUGAUUAGGUGAAUCAUUUCCACAUAUUUGGUGUCUAGUUAGGGAGGAGUAAGACAUAACGAAGAAUCGUGUUGGUUCACAAAGUCAUAUUUUUAUAAAUUGAAAAAAAAAUGAAAUAAUUUGAAAGAUUAGAGGAACUCUACAUUCAUCAUAAUAUGUCAUGCUUUCUAUUGCAUUGUCCGCAUUGGUGUAGUGUUAACAUGCACGCAUUGAAACCCUUUAUGCCGAACAGCAUCUCGAGUUCGAUUCCUAAAAUUGCAUGCUUUUUUGUAGUGCUUAACAAAGUGAGGUAAUGGAGCGUGGAGAUGAAUUUGAACCACACUGAAGAAAUUCAUUCUUUAUAUUUCUUCAUAUAUUGUCAAGCUAUAUGUUAAAUAAGUUUCAUUAUGUUGUAUGCAGUUCCAGUGAAAAUUCAGUGCUAUUUGCUUCAGCUAACAGCAUAUCAUAGAAAUACGUUGAGAAAGCGGGCACGUGUUUAUCAGUUUAUAGCUUUGUAAUAAAUGUCUAUUAAAGACACUGCCAUAUAUUCACGGUAUAAUUCGUAAGAUAAAACUUGUUUCAAAUAACAACAUUAGACGAAAAAAUAUAAUAUCCUAUGCUUUUAAAUUCAUACCGUAGGCCGAUGGUUAGCGGACGAAUAUUUUAGCUUAGCCUAUUCCAUCGGCUACCUAUUAUAUGACAACUUCAAUCGCAUACCGCGGUAAGCCUUGCGUCAUUUCGCAGACGAUCUGUCACUGUGAGCAGGGUGGCAAGGGAGCUGAGCUACGAUUUCCCAUUUAGUUGCAAGGGGUCCUUUAUGUACACAUUCAUAUGUAAAAAACCUUUAAUACUGUGUAUAUCGUCCUUCGUAGCAUGUGCCACUCUACAGUUUCCACACACCAGGAGGUGAAGG